AUGAAGUUUAUCCUCUUCUGGGUGACCUUGAACCUGCCUUGUGCUUUGACCUAUGACCCCGAUUACACAUAUACCAUCACUCCCCCCUACCUGGCCUACUUGAAGUCUGAUUACUUGCCCUGCGCUGGAGUCCUGAUCCACCCCCUGUGGGUGAUUGCCUCUGCCAGCUGCAACUUACCGAACCUUAAGGUGAUACUGGGGGUCACAAACCCCUCCAACCACAUGGAACGAAAUGUGCAGGUCGUCCGUGAGGAGAAGAUGAUUAACCACCCGUACUUCUCGAUCACUUCUAUUGAGAACAAUCUGCUGUUAAUCAAGUUGGAAAGAUACAUCGGAGUCAACGACUACGUGAAACUCGUCAGCCUGCCCCGAGAACCCGCCCCCGAAAACGCCAUGUGCACUGUCUCCACCUGGGGCUACAACAGAUGCGACCUCUCCAAGGAGCCUGACUCACUGCAGAGUGUGAACAUCUCCGUGGUCCCCAAGGCUGAGUGCCAGGACGCCUAUCAAAGCCACAACAUCACGGAAAGCAUGCUGUGCUUGGGCAUCGUGCCAGGGAGAAGGCUGCCCUGCAAGGAAGUCACUGGGGCCCCCGCAGUCUGCAAUGGGGUACUUCAAGGAAUCCUGACUUUUGCAGAUGGAUGUGUUUUGAGAGCGGAUGUUGGCAUCUAUACCAGAAUCUUUAACUACGUGCCCUGGAUUGAAAAUACAAUUCAUAACAACUGA